AACGAAGCUCGCGAUUCGCCGACUGGCCCUCUACCCAUGCAUGGUCUGUCCUCGGUCGGUACCUGCUUGAAUGCCGCGAGCCAAGCACCAGUUAGCCAGCCAGUGGCGAAGACGAAGCGCCGUGGGUGUUACCGUCGAUGGUUUAUUCCGCAAUUUCAUUUCUUUUUCUUUUUCUUUUCUUUUUUCUUCUUCAUAUUUCUCGUUCUUUUCUCUUCUCUCAUCGCUUCUUGGUUGCUGGUGGAGCGAUAACGAGGACGUGCCUUGUCUUCAAGCGACCUGCAAGAUGAGGUUCAACAUUCAACAGAUACGGCUCAUACUCUACCUAUCCGUACGAAGUAUUGGUACUGGAGAUUUGGAUGUGUUUGACAGUGACCUCUUGGAUGCCAAAGAGGUUCGAACGCCUGGAGGUUUAUCCCAAAGUCGAUGCUUUCCUUCAUCUCCACACCUCUGUGUAUGUACGUUGUAUGUACGAAGUACGCACAGAUACAAAAUAACGAAACCCCGGUCGUCACUCGACCGGCGAAUGUAUGUAUGUAUCCAUGGAGAUCCGUUGAAGAUCGUUGGGGGCGGGUCGUUUGAGCAGAGACACCUGCCUGAGCGGAUGCUCGGAAGAUACUGCCUUGGCCGCAUUACAACGUACAGUAGAAUUUCAUGUUGGGAAAGAAAAGAGAAUAUGGGGAAACCUUGCCAUCACCUGUCGAUGCAAUGAAAUGAACACGAACCAAAGGGCCAUCCAGGAUUGGAAUCAUUGGAUACGACGUUCUGAAAUGAGCAUGCUAUCUCGAAGUUUC